UAUUAAAAUUACCAAAAAGUUUAAAUAAUCUUCUAAGAAUGAAACUAAUUAUAUAUUUAAUUUUAUUAUUACAUUUAUCCUCAUCGAACGGAGAGCAUCUCUUACAAUCAAUACAACAAACUCAAAAUGAAACUUUUAACCCCCGAGGACCCAAAGUGCUUUGUUCGUUUCUUUCGUGGGAAUUCAUAACGUGUUUAGAACCUGAAGAUCAUAAAGGUAACAAGACUUCUCGCGAUGAACUUGGUCGUGGAUGUGUCCAUUUUGGUGGGAUGCGUUAUGAAGAGGUUGAACGAACGAAGGUGGUUUGUAAAGUUUUGGAUGGUAUCGAAUGUUAUGGAAAUACGACGUUUUUUAGAGAAGGAGUGCCUUGUAUUAAAUAUUCGGAGCAAUAUUUCACCACUACUUUAUUGUAUAGUAUAUUAUUAGGUUUUUUGGGGAUGGAUAGGUUUUGUUUGGGUCAAACUGGAACUGCUGUGGGGAAAUUAUUAACAUUGGGAGGAUUGGGUAUUUGGUGGAUUGUUGAUGUGGUGUUGUUGAUUACCAAUAAUUUAACCCCUGAAGAUGGUAGUAAUUGGAACCCUUAUGUGUGAUUAAUAUGUUAAUUAUGUAAAUAAAUAAUUUAAGUUUU